GCCGUCGACGGCGGCUGCUGGCAUGCAAAAACAAGCUAUAAAAACCGGUCAAUUAAACUGAAGAUCGAGGAAAAGCACCAUUGAAUUGCCUUAAUUAGUUUUUGAAGUCAAACUAAGUAACAUGGCUUCUCCAACAAUAAUAUUCUUUGUGGUGGCGAUGAUAGUGGCGGCAACCACGACGGCGGCGGAAGACCAGUCGGCGCCGUCGUGCGGUACGAAGCUCGCAACAUGCGCGGCGUACCUGAACUCCUCCACCACCCCGCCACCGUCCUGCUGCGACCCACUGAAAGAAGCGUUGACUAAAGAGCUACCUUGCAUUUGCGCCCUCUUUAGCGACAAACAGCUGUUGAUUGGACUUGGAGUUGAUAUCUCUCAGGCCAUUAAUCUUCCCAAGCACUGCGGAAUGUCCUCCAUAAACAAUGCCUGCAAACCUGCUGAUGAGGCUCCCACUCCACAUUCUUCUGCAUCCCUGCCACCUCCAGCAACAGCAGGGGGAAAGGAUGAUAAUGGUGUGGGCAAAAUCGCGUGGACCGGAGUUUCAAGCUUGCUCGUGCUUGGUACAUCUUUGAUGCUGUGGUAGAUGAUAGAUACGAGGUUUAAUUUGUGCGGGCAUUCAAUUUGCAGAUUUUCAUGUUAAAUUAUCGUAUGUUGUCAUUCUUUAUUGUACAAUUUUAUUCGAAGUACUUUCUGUUAUUGAUUUGUAAAA